AGAAAGCAGCUGUUAGUCUCCUGCCCCCCUCAGAGAGCUCUGAACAAGAAAGCCCAGCCAGCUAGUCGGCCAGGCUGCUCAGCUAAACCAGCAGGACCUUCAGGCUGCAAAAGCUGCACUGACAGGCCGCAAAGGUGGUUCUACUACCCUAGACAUUUGACUGCUGCUGCUCUCUCCUGGCGGAUCUAAAACAUGUGUCUGUCCUACUUCUGGGUCCUCUAAAAUGAGCAGUCUCUAGAGGAAGUUGAGCACUCCUCGUUUCCACUUAUAAAAUAAUUCACUCCGUGUUGAUAAAGCCCCCUUUAUCCAGAGCCCCCUUUAUCCAGAGCAUGCUUCCAGACUCUGCAUCAUGAACACUCUGUCUGAAGCAAAUGGCACCUUUGCCAUCCAUCUUUUAAAGAUCCUUUGUCAGAACAACCCUUCGAAAAAUGUAUGCUUCUCUCCCGUGAGCGUCUCCUCUGCUCUAGCUAUGGUCCUCUUGGGGGCGAAGGGAGACACCGCAGUCCAGAUAUCUCAGGCACUUGGUUUAAACACAGAGAAAGACAUUCAUCAAGGCUUCCAGGAGCUUCUCAGUAAUCUGAACAAGCCCAGUAGAAAGUACUUGCUUAGAAUGGCCAAUAGGCUCUUUGCAGAGAAUACCUGUAAAAUUCUCCCAACCUAUAAGGAGUCCUGUCUUCAGUUCUAUCACUCGGAGCUGGAGCAGCUGUCCUUUGCCAAAGAUCCAGAGGAGUCCACGAAGCACAUAAACACGUGGGUCUCCAAACAGACUGAAGGGAAAAUUCCAGAGUUGCUGUCAGGAGGCUCAGUUAAUUCAAUGACCAAGCUGGUUCUUGUCAACGCAUUAUACUUCAAAGGAAAGUGGGAUCAAACGUUUAACAAAGGAGACACAGUAGAAGUGCCCUUUAAAAUUAACAAGAAGGAGGAAAGACCAGUGCAGAUGAUGUAUCAGGAACACAGAUUUAACCUCGCCCACGUGAAGGAAGUGCAGGCACAGGUGCUGGAGAUGCCCUAUGAGGGCCUGGAGCUGAGCUUGUUGGUCCUGCUCCCGGAUGAUGGUGUGGACCUCAGCCAGGUGGAAAACGGUCUCACUUUUGAGAAGUUAAUGGCCUGGACCAAACCAGGCUUUAUGAAAAGCACUAAAGUUGAGGUUUUCCUUCCACAAUUUAAACUGCAAGAGGAUUAUGACAUGGAGUCUGUGUGUCAGCACCUGGGAAUGGUGGACAUCUUCCAAGGCAGCCAGGCUGAUUUAUCAGGAAUGUCUCCAGAGAGAGACCUGUGUGUGUCCAAAUGUGUUCACAAGAGUGUUCUGGAGGUCAAUGAAGAAGGCACCGAGGCUGCAGCAGCUUCUUUAGUAUUAGUUCGACCUUGCUGCUACUCUGUUGUUCCAAGUUUCCGUGCAGACCACCCCUUCCUUUUCUUCAUCAGGCACAACAAAACCAAUAGCCUCCUGUUCUGCGGCAGGUUUUCCUCUCCAUAGAGGUCCAGGUACCAUGUGGGGGAACAAUUAUCUCUUCAGCAUCUCCACCGCUCUUACAGCUCUGUGAGGAUGAUGUAUGAGGGACACCAAGUCCCAAGAUGAGGGCACUUUCCUCCCCUGCCAAUCUCAAUUGAUAGCAUUCAUCUCCCUGUCUCCCGACUUUCAUCUGUGCCCUUUGUGGGGUCACGGGACUAUGGAGUGCUUUGGUUUUUGUUAUGGAAACAACAAAGAAGGCAAACUAAUCCCACAAGAUAGCCUAUAAAGUUCUCUAAGGUGACCCUAAACAAACACCCCCACUUCCUGCAAGACAAGCCAUGCCAACUAUAUAAGCUGUGCUUUCCUGGCUCCUCACCUCUUGCCGUUGCUUGCCUUAACCUGCUUGUAUCCUAGUAAAUGCUUCUGUGGAUGAUGAUGGCUACUGCAGUUUUCCUAGUGAGUGGCCCUUAAUGCACAUUGUAACUUUAGUUUGCUUUGCUGUUUGCUGCUCACCAGGUCUAUGCCCACCACUGUGUUAGGCUUGGGGAUGUGUGCGGACAGUGUGGUCCUCAAUUGAUAACCUUGAAUAUCUGCUUUCAACUUAUCUAUCUAGCUGUCAUGACAGCUAGCUUGAACUACUACAUGUUCCCUUGCAGAAGUCAUGCUUCUGUAGACUAUUGUCUUUCUCCCUCACUAUCCAUUAUAGUUAAAUUCUAUGAAGUUCUUAAAUGCUAUUUCAAAAUAAAUUUAUUUUUCUCACCAACCAUGUAUGCAUUUUGAACAUUAAUUGGACCACUUAGAGUUUUUGCUUUAUCUGUUAGCUUUCUGUAUCUUAGAAAACCUCCCAGCUAGAAGCUAUGGUCACCAAGGGCCAGGAUUAUCUCUUACUCUGCUGUAUAGCCACUUACAGGCAGUUAUAAGUGAUUUCACUGUGUGUAAUAAUGCCAUGUGGGACUGGAGAGCUGGCUCAGAUGUUUUGGCUUCUACUGGCUCCUGUAUGCAUAUAGUGUAUGUAUCCUUACUCAGACUCCUGGAUCCUAUAUACAUAUAGUACAGACUCCUGGGUCCUGUAUACAUGUAGUACAUGAUCUUCAGUCAGACUCCUGGAACCUGUAUGCAUAUAGUGCAUGUUUCCUCACUCAGACUCAUACACAGACAAGUAAAUUUAAAAAUAAAGAAAAUUUUUAAACAAGAGUGCCAUAAGUUUUAUUAAUGGUUGGAUAAUAUCUACUACUAUGACUCUUUAUGUUUAUUGCAGUUAUUCUUGUAACAAAGUCAGCACUUUCUGGGUAAGCAUCCAUGUCUGCCAAUGACAUUCUAUUAUCAUAUUGUCAUCCCCUUUCAAAUACACUGUGUCACCAUCAAGAAAUUCCUCUCCGUUCUUCCUUCUGCUGUCUGUCUAACCAUCAAACUCCCCGAGUCUGUAGGUUUACUGACUCUGGAAUUUUAUAUAGAUUGUGUCUUUGUUUUCUUCAUAAUGCUCUGGAUGCCCACAGAUUUCUUUUUUCAAUGAAGUUCCACUCAUCUCCUCUUGUUUUUGUCACUCAGUCUCUCUGUGCCUCAGCUAAGAAUCCCACAGCCAAACUCAAGGUUUCAAAGACCUGCCCCUGUUUCCCUCCAAGGCUUUCAUGGCUUGUGCCUUUAUGUUUAGA